UGACAAAGUGAAUCAAAAGAGAGGAUUACAUUUUCCAAUUUUUAUAACAAAGCGUAACCUUGACCAUCUUAAUUUUUGCAUAUUUGAAGUGGGUUAAAAGUUUAAAGUAGUGAGCUUGCUUUACUUAGAUUAUUUUCCAAAUUCCUCAAGUAUGCUCAUUCAUCUCCAUGGAACUUUCACUGCCAAAAACAGUUGCAUGAAGUGAGAGAUUGCAGAGGCUUGAAUCACUCGGUCCAAGUACUCUUGAUCUCCCUUCUACCCAUAUGACCUUAACAUUCUCAAUCAGAAAUCCAGCAUGUGAUUGUAGUCUCAAGCCUGUCACUGAAUGCCAGCUGAGCCCCGGAGUAAACAUAAGCGGUUUAAUGUUCCAGUGAUCCAUUUGAGAUUUUUUUUUUUUGUUCUAGUCCUGGUCGGUCGUCUUGCUACUUGUCUUGGCAAAGAACCAUGAUGUUUUUGUGUUGGUGUUGUGUUUUGUAUUACAAGGGGAAUGCUAGAGGAUUGAUCAUGUUCCUGUUCAUCUUGCAGACUUGUUGAGGUAUUUAUACUCUGUUUGCUUUAUGCUGUUUCCUGGAUUGUUCAUGCUGGAUAAAAGAUCCGCUUACAAAAAUAGUGGGCUUUUUUUGGCUUCAUACUUGAUGUCACAGUUAAACUAACUACUAAUAAGAUUUUCUAGAGGGAACAAGGCUAGGUUUGUUGUUUAAAAUGACUUGUUGGUAGAUAGUUUUAGGCUAUUGGUUCUUUUAUAGCAUUAACUAUAAAUGUGAGGCUGGUGUUUUUGUUACAAUCUAUUGAGUCAUGAAGGUUAAAGGGUCUGUAAUUCGGUAGAUUGUAAAGGUUUGGUUCUGCAAUUAAGACAAGGCUUGCUUAACAUUAUGCAAAAAAUAUUUUUUUGUAAUUUGAUUCUUUAAAUAAUGUAGAUUUUACACAUAUAAGCAGGCAUCUUUUAGUUUCUAUUUUGCUCACAUCUAUUUCUCCUCUCAUUAUCUGGAAAUAAUUGUACUGGCAAACUGAACCAGUGAACCAUGUGAACAAUGUGACAUUUUCUUUUUUGCUCACAUCUAUUUCUCCUCUCAUUAUCUGGAAAUAAUUGUACUAGCAAACUGAACCAGUGAACAAUGUGACAUUUUCCUUUUCCUUGUAAUCAUAGAUGUAUUAUUUGCCCUUGGUCUUGCCAACCCAACCCCAAACCCCUUGGAAAAAAAAUUAAAAUAGAAAAAAGAGAGAACAACGACAGCAGUAAAUACUUUACAUCCAUAAAUUUGUACAUUAUUUUAUCUAUUGAAGGAAAGUUACAUGAAACUAUAUCAUUAAAACUCAAUAGUUUCAGACUUUCAGUUGAUUCUGUUUAUAGCUUGUUGAACCUUGUAAUAUGUUACUGUCAUAAGGAUUUUGAGAUGGAUAUUUAAAGGUUGGAGAAAAGUUGAAUACGAGUGUAUUUGGAAAAUUGUAAGUGCCCCUUGCAGCUGAUAAAAUAGAAGAUUUAUGUUUUAGACAAUUUGCAUAUAUAGAAACUAAGGCUCCUAACAAACUCUUAAAUAUGAAAAAAAAAUUCUUGUAUUGGAGGUUCUAUGAGGAGAGGAAGGUUGGGAAGGACAUGGCUGGAGGUUGUGAAAAAAUCUAAAUUAUCAUGCUUCAGUUAAAGAAGUUACCGUUGCUACAGAUUUUGCAUUAGUGAUCCAAGAUUCAGGACGAGAUUGCAAUAUGAUAUAUAUUAAGAGGUUUUUUGAAGUCAUCUUAACCUUUCCUUUACAGCCAUUCUUUGAUGUACUGCUUUAUUGUAUCAUUUCUGUAAAAUAUGAUCAAUUCUCAUUUCAGAAGUUGUUGAAACUCUUUUACUCCAUAUGCUUGUGGUCACAAUCAGAUCAGAUUGGCUUGGUGAAGAAACCAUGAACUCUACGUUGCAUUGCAUCUUUUGCACUUUUAUGAACUUCAAAUUUUCAUAUGGCAUUAUGUAUAUUUCUGGCUCUCAAAUGUAAUUUGCUUAAACAUUCACAAAAUGAAAUUUAGAUUUAGAGUUACAUCUGUGUCCUGGAUGGUAACCAAAUUAUUUUCUGAUGACGAUCUUUGAAGUUAAUAUGCUAAGUUCAUGGAAUCACUUUGUGAAACUGAUCUUGGUCCCUUCCCAACUCUCAAGGCCAGAUAACUCCAUGUAGAAUGCUAAUUUUUUGGUGUCCUGUUUUAUUUAUUUCCAUGAGUGGCUGGACUCGCUUAAUUACUGGCUACUUGUUACAAUUAUAAUGAAGAAUUGUGAUGUAUUGGUGUCUGGGCAGCAUUAAUUCUCGUGGGAUACAGAAAUCAAACUCUUCAUUUACCUAAACAUCAUCUAGGCUUAAUACCCUCCACCCUGCUCAUGAACCCUGGUAAAUUCACCUCCAUGUAUCAUACAAAACUAAUAAGCCCGGGAAUUAUUUUUAUAUCUUGUAGAAUAUGCAGCCUUUGUAUUGGGGAGGGGAGGGUUCUCACCGACUUGGAUCCUCUCCGACGCUGAAGAUAUGAUACGAGCAAAUUUAUAUGCUACAAUCGGAGGGUUUCUCAUGUGCAAUCUUAUUUUUGAAUGAUGCAAUCUCCACUUUUAGUGGAUUACUGGACCCUCCCAGUGCAGCAAGGAUUAUUACAUAUUAACAUAACUGUUACUUUAUGAGGAAUGUCAUAUUGUCAUGCCCUGCAAUUAACCGGGAAAAAAAAAAAAUUUGUCUUAGCAAUUCAAAUUGGAGCUAAUGUGUUUUGUCACAUAUUAACUAAUAAAUAUAUAAAGAUGAUCCUCUACAACAUAUAAUUUUGUGAUUUGUGUUUUCAUUUACCGUGGCCUAUCAUGAUUUGGGUAUUUAUCAUGUCCGGAGUGAAGCUAGGAUAUUCCAAACUAAUUCCUUUGAAAAAAAUCCAUACAUUCACCAUCUCUGGAAUAUAUAUCAGUGAAAAAUAAAAAAUAAAAAUAAUAAUAACUUCGCUUCUGAAUGGAUACUCCAAAAAAUAAUAAUAAUAAAAUAAAAUCCGGACUCGGGUUCAACCCAACCCAAUUGUAGCCUUUUCUACCCGUUAACCAAUUUGUUAUGACAGAACGGAAGUGGACACAGGGAGUGCAUCAUUAGUAAAGAAAAUGGCGGGAAAGUAAAGACCAAAUAUCCAACGGCCAAAUGAAGGGAAAAAAAAUCAUGAAGAAAAAAAAAAAAAGCGGUUAACGAUAUGGUAAAUGAUAAGAGGGAUGUGAAAAGACACGUCCAACGAUUCACCUUCAAAAUCUCCUUCAAUUUAGGCUCUCCCUCUGUCCAACAGUUGGUUCUUUUCGAUCUCAUGUCUCCACAUUUUUAUCUUCAGAUGUUUCUCUCUCAUCCCUUUCCUUCCGAUCCUCCUCCCAACCCUAAAUCAAACUACUUUCACAAUGAUUUCAACAAUCAACCUACCCAUUUCCCUGAAUCCCAGUUAGUUGAACCCCUGCAUACAAUUAUAUAUAUACAUAUAUAUAUAUAAUUGGUGAAACAGUUUAAGAAUUGGUGAAAAUGGAGGGGUUCAAGGUGUUUGGGUUCAACCGGAAAUUUAAGAUAACCGAGGUGGAGCCACCCCCGGACGUGAAAGCGGCGUUCAUGAAGUACACCGAUAAGGGGUCUCACAUGUCGGUCUAUCAGCUGCACCAGUUUCUGGUCGAGUAUCAGGGAGAGGAAGUGUGCACCCUCUCUGAGGCGGAACGAGUUAUCCAGCAGGUUCACCAUCUGCGAAAGACCUCCCCCUCAAAGAAAAAGGACACUCGAAAGGAUACCUCCUCCUCAAAGUCAAAGGACACUCCAAAAGGUCUCACCCUCGACGAUUUCUUCCAUUUUCUUUCCUCCGACGAACUAAAUGGCCCUGUUACAACUCAGGUGCACCAUGAUAUGACUGCUCCAGUGCAACAUUAUUUCAUAUAUACGGGUCACAAUUCCUACUUAACAGGGAACCAACUGAGCAGUGAUUCCAGUGACUUACCUAUCAUACAGGCUUUGCAUAGAGGCGUCAGGGUAAUAGAACUAGAUCUCUGGCCUAAUUCUGCGAAAGAUGAUAUUCAUGUUCUUCAUGGAAGGACCCUGACAACUCCUGUUUCUCUCAUCAAAUGCUUGAAGUCCAUUAAAGAGCAUGCUUUUGAUCAAUCUCCAUACCCUGUCAUUAUAACUUUAGAAGACCACCUUACACCAGACCUUCAGGCAAAAGUUGCAGAGAUGGCCAUUCAAACCUUCGGGAAAAUGUUGUAUUACCCUGAGUUAGGCUGCUCAGAAGAAUUCCCUUCACCAGAAGCCUUAAAGCAUCGGAUUAUUCUUUCAACCAAACCACCAAAAGAGUACCUGGAAUCUAAGAAUCCUAAGGACCUGGGAAAUACCUCAACAUUGCAUCGGAGGGAUUCAUCUGAAGAAGAAGCAAGGAGGGAAUCACUAGACCUUAAAGCUGAAUUGGAAGACAGCAAUCAGUUUGAUGAUGAAAGUGACAUCUAUGAUCGAAAAUCAUUCCAGGCAGGAGCUCCUCAAUACAAGCACCUGAUUGCAAUCCAUGCUGGUAAACCAAAGGACGGGUUGAAGGGGGCACUAAAAAUUGAAAUCGGUAAGAUUAGACGUCUUAGUCUGAGUGAGCAAGCACUUGAAAAGGCUGCAGCUUCUUUUGGAACUGACCUUUUGAGGUUCACGCAGAAGAAUAUUCUGAGGAUAUACCCAAAGGGAACUCGAGUCACCUCCUCAAACUAUAAUCCACUUACUGCGUGGAUACAUGGAGCUCAGAUGGUAGCAUUUAAUAUGCAGGGACGUGGCAAAUCACUCUGGUUGAUGCAUGGGAUGUUUAGAGCCAACGGAGGUUGUGGUUACGUGAAGAAACCCGAUUUUCUCAUGAACACAGGUCCAAAUGAUGACAUAUUAUUUGAUCCUAAAGCAGCUUUGCCAGUGAAGGAAACUUUAAAGGUGAGAGUAUUCAUGGGGGACGGAUGGCGUUUGGAUUUUAGCCAGACACAUUUCGACACAUUCUCACCACCAGACUUCUACACAAAGGUUCAUUUAAGAGGAGUGCCAGCAGAUUCUGCCAAGAAGAAGACUAGGGUAAUUUCAGACGACUGGUCACCUGUUUGGGAUGAAGAGUUUACAUUUCCUUUGAGAGUUCCAGAGCUGGCUUUGCUUCAGAUUGUAGUUCAAGAGUAUGACAGUACGGAUAAGGAUGACUUUGGUGGGCAGACAUGUUUGCCUGUCGCGGAGCUGAGACCUGGCAUCCGAGCGGUUGCUCUUCAUGACGAAAAGGGAAUGAAAUAUAAAUCCGUUAAGCUUCUCAUGCAGUUUCAAUUUGUAUGAACAGAACAUUUUUUGGUUAUUUUUUAUGUAGUUGUUGCUCUUGUGUGCUC